AAAAACAUUCAGAUAUUAGGAAAGAAAGAAGUUCACAAAACUAUUAACUAAAAAUAUUUUCAUAUCAAGUUAUAAAAAGAAAGCUUAAAAAUGAAUCCUUUUGGCUAAGGUAACUUUUAAUCUCAAUUUUAGAAACCUACUUAACCAAAUGUUUAGCCCCCUUAAAAUAACUUCAAUGGUAAUUAACCUCCUAACAACUUUGGCUAGAAUAAUAAUUAGGGAUUUAAUAAUAAUAAUAAUCUUCAAAACCAAAACCAAAACAGAAAUCAGUAAAACUAAUUUGGGAUGUAAAAUAACAUGUAAUUACCAAUGAAUCAGAAUCAACCAAAUGGAAAUAAUCAAAUGGGAUUUCCUAAUAAUAUGACCAUGUAAUAAAACAUUAACUAAAACAGAUUUUCAAACUAGUAAGAGGUGAGCAAUGUUAAUCCUAAUAAUUAAAGUAAUAAUAUCAAUAAUAACUAUAAUAUUCCUACUCAAAAUUAAUAAUUCAACAACAAUAAUAUUGCUUAAAACUAGUAGUUUGGUAUGUAGCUACCUAAAAAUUUGAUAAUGCCUCCUCAGGUUCAAUUUGGGAUGAAUUAAUAAUAAACCAUGGGAAAUCCUGCAAGCAAUGGCUUACCUGCAAAUAUAGGUAAUCCAAAUAACAUGGUACCUCCAAAUUAGAAUUUGGUUGGAUAAUAAUAAAUGUAGAGUAAUAGCCUAAAUAAUAAUUAAACUUAAUUUAAUCCUAGGGGAAAUAAUAAUCCUACAAUUAUGCCUCCAAAUAUAAAUAAUUAACAAAUGUAGCCCCCUGCUAAUAUGAAUCAAAAUUAAACAAAUUAAUCCAAUUUUAACAACAUGCCACAACAGAAUACUAGUUUAGGGAAUUAUCCUACCUUUCAAAACAAUGCAAAUACAAAUAACCAACAAAAUACUGCUAAUGGAUAAAAUAAACAAAUUUUAACCACACCUCAAGGAACAACUAAUAAUCAAAUUAAUACUAACCCUCAAAAUAACUAACCUAAUAAUCUGAAUCACAAUAUUUAACCACCAUAAUUACCUAUGAAUCCGAAUUUUAAUCCUAAUAUAGCUCAAAACAAUUAGAAUGUAAAGCCCAUUGUAUAAGAUAAUAACAAUAUACCAAAUAGAUAACCUAAUAAUUUUAAUUAACCAUCUCAAGUCCCUCAAGGUUAGUUAAAUAAUGUAUAGAAUCAAAAUAGUAAUUAAAUAGCACAUUAAAUUGGUUAAGGAAUGGCGAAUAACUAAAGAUAAAUUAAUUAGUUUGGAGUAGGAAAUAAUAUGGCAAAUCAAAACCAGCCAAAUAUCCCAAAUCAAAUAAAUGCAUAAAAUAAUAAUGGACCAUUCAACAAUGGUAUUAAUAACAUGGGCAUGGGUUAAAACCAAUAGUAGCAAAUGAGAAAUAUAAAUAAUAAUGGUUAAGCUCAAGCUUAAUAAUAGUAAUAAAUUACUAAUUACUAACAACCUAAAUAAUAAUAAUAAAUGAAUUAAUAGGUUGUUCCAUAAUAAAAGAAAUAUAUUUACCCUAUAUGCCACUUUGAUCAUUCUUAUGAUAGUUUUACCAAUGAUAAAUGUUCUAAUAAAAAGUUUAAAUUGGGUUGUGGGCAUGAAGUCUGUUUAGAAUCAAUGAGAGCAUACCUAGAAAAGAAAAUAUUGGAAAAAGAUUAAAACAGAUUUGAGACUGAUGAAAAUUUCCCAAAUUUUAAGAUUAUCUGUCCUUUUUAUGUUGGCCCAUAAGAAACAAAAAGUGAUGUGAAAUUCGUAGGUGAAUAAGAAUAGUAGAAUAAUAAUUAAAAACAAUAGGAUGAAGUUAAAUUUGAAUAUGAGGAAGACGUUAGCAAUUUCAGGAAGUGCGAGUAUAUUUUAUAACAAUAAGAUUUUUAGUAGUUUAGAAAAAUGGAUUUGGGAGACGGCACAAAAGGAAGUAUAUUCGCCAAUUUUAGUUUCGCUUUUUGA